UGCUCGGCGUCGAGAGGGACGAAGGGAGCCGUCGCCGUUUUGGUGCGUGGCUGCUGCGCUGAGCCGAGUGUCGGGGGGUGGUGGGCAUCCGGAGAUGGAAACCUAUGAGGAGUUCUGUCUGAGGACUCUGGCCGUACUGAAGGAAGAGGGGAGAUUCAACGAGCCGGCAUCUGAGCCCUACUGGCCCUUGAAAGCUCUCUCUGUCAUCCGCUUUCAUGGAAGGACUGUUCUUUCGCCUCUGUUAAGCCCAGAGCAGCGCAGUGAGAUGUGUGACUACAGACAAAGGGCAGUUCAACUGGAAGUGGAGCGGCGGCGCCAAAAGAGGAACAGCGUAUUGGCCAGGGUUCAGGACAUCUUGGACACAGCUCAGGUACACAGUGGACCUGAUGAGCUUGAUAAACAACCAGCUCCUCCAUACUGUCCCUCCCCUAAGCCUGAGAUGGUUAAUGGUUACACCUUGGUAACUGACUCACCUGACCUUCCCAGGGACCCAGGGUGUGGCCUUAAAAGAAACGAUCAGCCCACCACCCCUUGUUCUGAGCCUACCUCUGUCCUCAGUGACUACAAGGAGGAGAAGGAACUCAAGGAGGAGAAGAGUAUGGAGGAGGACAUAAGUCUGGACAGCCUUUUGAGGAGGUCUAGGGAGUACGUGGAGAGGGAGCAGAGUCGACGAGAGUCAAAAGUCAACAUUGGGCUCACCCCUACGCCCCCACCCGAGAGCCUCUCUGACAAGGAGAACGAGAGUCGUAGUCCACUGGGAGAAAGCAGAAUUGAGUUUGGAUUCAGCCUGCAUCACAGCCCUGUGGGCCCACCUCACACCCAGACCCAGCAGCCUGGCUGCCUCUCACCUAGUGUACCUGACCCCAACGGCAGCCUCCAUAGUACAGAACCCAGCCUCAGUCCUCAUGCACACAGACGCAGACCCCGCCCUGUCUCUGCUGGUAACAUCCAUUUCUGCUUCCCCGUUGACCCAGCAGACCUCAAACCCAGAAGCCCAGUAAGGUCAGGGGAGCCUGCAGCCAUGGCGGCUUGGGGAGAGUCACUGUUAGGGGGCACAAGGUCCUCAGAUCACUGGGGCCUGGUAGGGAGUGCUGGUGGUGGGGGUAGUGGAAGUAGCAGUCGUCGAUCCAGCCACUGUGGUAACAGUCCGGUUCGGGAACUAUGCAGCCCUGUCAGAGCCUCAGGAUCCAGCCUGAUGGGCCACUAUGACCAUCUGGCUUUAGGGUUUCGCCGGCGCUGUCACACCCUUGACAGUCAGCUGCAUCCCGCCCACUCCCCCUCUGGAGUUGAUUACAUAGACCGCAGCCAGGAGAGGGUUCCUCGCUUUAUGGCGGGGGUUACUCGCCUGGCCCCUAACCGUCGGUCCCCUGUGGCCCCCUUGAACCAGUCAUAUGAUGUAGAGAAUCCCUCACCGUCUGUGCUAAGGCCCCAUGUGACCCAUGACCUCUCCCAGGUGAACCUCAGGAUGGAGCCAAAUGGUCUUCAGGGGCCAAACAAUCGCAGAAUGGCGCAAAACAAAAAUGGAACUGAGCAGCUGGACAGGAAGAAAGAGGACACUGAGCGGAGAGUGCAGGCUCUUGAGGAAAUGCAGAGGCGUCUGGAGGAGGAGCAUGCCUUGCAGAUGUCUCUCCUCCUGGCUGAGCAGGAGAAAGAGCAGCAGCGCCUCCUACAGGAGCUGGAAGACAAAGAGAGGAGACCGAAGGAGCCCAGGUGUGACAGAAACACGAGUGAGGAUACUGGGGGGCAGGAGCAAAGGUCUGUGAGUGACAGCUAUGCUGUUGUAAGCCCCUCCUGCCCUCGACUCAGCCCUGCCCACACCCCAAGCGAACGGUCACCGGGACACAGUAUAGGUUCCCCCUCUCCUCUCAGUUCCUGUGUGUCCUCUCCUUCUGUCCAGCCCCCUGUCUAUCUGUGGGGACCCAGCUGGGGGACUAAGCCCCGGGCAAGACUCAGUCAGAUUCUAACCGCAGAGCAGCAAAGGGCACUCUGUCGACUUGGUGCCAUCACCCGCGGUUUCCUCACCCGCAGACUGCUGAAAACGGAGAAGGUCAAACACCUACGUCAGACUGUGUCGGACACACAGGAGUUCAUCCACUCAUUCAGGACUCACAGUCCACAGAAGAAAGGCGCCAUCUCAGCACAAGACCUCUCCCUACAGGAGAGAGUCAGAGCCCAGUUACGAGCAGCCCUAUAUGACGUCCAUGACAUCUUCUUUGUGAUGCCCCUGGAGGAGCGGUUAGCACUGCUGCAGCAGGACAGGGAGCUCUGCGCAGAGAGGAAACUGCGGGAGUUGGAGAAAGCCAAGGGCCCCAAGGAGAGAGUGGCGCUGUCCUCUGCAACACGGAGGUCACUGGACAGAAAAAGGAGGGUUGGGCAAUCCCCGGCCCAGGUUAGGAAGAUGCAGCAGAAGCCAAAAAGCCCAACUGCUAAUAGGAUCCUGAAACCGAGCCAAGGCCAAAAUGCCCCCGCCCCGGGCCAGCUAAGUCGCCAAGGGAGCUGGUACAGAAAAACCCCAGAGGAAAGAGUGAGGCGUGCCGACAGCCUGAAGAAGCAGCACUCCCUGGGUUAAGAGGGGGCUCCAACACACCCCCACCUGUCAACUUGAAGCCGCCAGUUUACCGGCAGAGUUACACCAUCACAAAUCCAAUUAAAGCUGCCAACAGUACGAUGGUCCGUAGUCUGCCUUCUGAGGUCCUAACGGCUGUAGUUAACACUAAACACUACCUUGGGGAUCAAUACCAUGAUGCCAUUGUUGUUGGUUGUUUUGUUCUUUGUGUCAGUCUAGUUGUGGUUUGCCGAAAUGAUUUCUGUGUGCCAUGGCUGUUCGUUGUCCGCAGCAUUCACAUGGAGCUGGAGGCCUCGUGUAGGGUUUUUAAAUCGCCAGAUAGCAGAACUUAAAGGUUUUAAACGGUAGGAGAACUUGUGAAAUACUUGAUGUACUUUCAUGCAAGCUAGAGAAGAAAAAGUUUUUCAAAAAAGGAGGGGUGGGGGUAAAAAGACAAAUCGGUGCCUAAGAGAAACGAGGACGCCUUCCCUCCUGCCUUUAGUAACCUGACACGGACGCCUGUUGUGUUUCUGAAUUGUUCCUUGCCUCCGGUGCAGCCGCCUUCACAAACACCAACGCCAUGCUGGUAGUUACAAACUGUAGUUGAGUUUAUUUGCAUGUAUAAUUGAUGACAUAUGAGAAUCCCAUUAAAGGGUUCUGGACUCCUCUCUGCAGCCCCUCCCGUACAUAACGGUGCCGACAUUCGAUCAAUUCAUGUAAACACUUUCACAGAUUUCAACAUGCUUUAACUGUUUGGCAUAGAUCGAUGCCAACUGUAUAAAAAAAUGAAUGUAUUUAUUCACAUAGUUGAGUUCUGUUUUUGGAGAUAUUUGCUGAUGGCAACCAGACUUCACGUUUUAAUUAUAGCAAGAUGCACCGCUGACGGUGGAUCUUAAAUGUUGGUGUUUGGCGGGGGGGGGGGGUUCAGAUAUCAAAACCAUUCAGAAUGCAUGAAGAAUUCACAGAAGUGUCCACUGUGUAACUGUCCAACAACGCUGUGCGUUAAUAAAGCCAAAACUCAGAAUACAGUUCAAAUUGUAAAAUUGACAUUAAUAAAAACACUUACUCGCUGCUGCGAAAGCACUCCUUUAGCCUUCUGCUGUGGUGGCACCAUUACUGAGUUAGUGGAAUCAGUCAUCCAUCAGAGGAUGGUGGCAGAUGUACUCUUAGCCCCCCCCCCCCCAUUCCAUCUAUGUGAGGAGGGAACAACCAUCCCUGACCCAAAAGAGUACAUCUGUCACCAUCUUACCGUGAUUGCAACUAUUCCCCAAUCCUCUGUGAGUAGUAAACAUGGCCGUUGUAACUCUGGUUAAUGGUCACGCCAAUUUGCAUAUGAAACAGGUGGUUGGUUUGGGUCGUUAUGCCACUGUAUUGUUUAUAAGGGUGGGGAUACCUGCAGUCAGAUGAGACUGGAGAGGUCACUUAGAUGAGUGAUUAGACGUUUCUCUCAAUAAACGUUGUGUCCAGAUGAACUGAUUC